CCCGGGCACCCUUGUAAAGCAGCACCUCAACGUAUACGUACCAUACCACGCUCCUUCCCCCCUGCAACCACCACCUUCCUUAAUUCCUUGUUUCCACCCUCGUCGUUGCCCAUGGCGGCGUCCAACGGUUCUGCGCAAGCAGAGGUCAAUGACAUGGUGGAGAAAGACGCCGAGAAAGGUCGCGUCGCCGUCCAUAGUUUCGACCCGGAGGCUCCCCCCGAAGAAAAGGCUGCCGCAGCUGGCAAGGCCCGCGACCAGCUCAAGUCUGUCUCCCAGAAAGACACUGGUGCAGGUGGUAGAGAGCUCGCGAUUGACACUGGCGCCUCAAAUGUCGUGCCUACAAUAACCAUCGAGGACGCUGAUACAGAAGUACCUGAUGAAGACCAGAACCAACCCCAGCCUGAAUUACCGGGCGCUCUGCCUGAUGGAGUUGCACCAGCUAUCCCUGAUUGGUAUAAAGUAGGGUGGCGGGCAGUGGGCGGAAUUGACGAGCCAGAGCUCACUGAAGGCGAAGAGAAAGACAAGAAUGUGCUUGAGCUCUUUAUCUCUGAGCAAUUUUAUGGCGACUGGUAUCAUAACGCUGCCAUCAUCAUCUUUGCCGUUUUCAUGUCGCACUUCCUUACGCGCUUCAACUUUGGUUGGGGAUGGCUCCUAAUCGUAUUGGCCUGCUGCAGCACAUAUUAUUCCACGUCAAUCCGGCGCGUACGUAGGCGUGCCCGCGACGACAUUCAGCGUGAACUCGUCAAGACCCGCCUGGCAUCCGAACAUGAGACCGCAGAUUGGAUUAACAAUUUCUUGGAUCGCUUCUGGCUCAUUUACGAACCCGUUCUUUCUGCGACUAUCAUCUCUUCCGUGGACCAAAUCCUUAGUGUCAACACUCCUGCUUUUCUCGAUUCUCUUCGACUAACCACGUUCACCUUGGGCACCAAGGCCCCUCGCAUAGACAAAGUACGAACGUUCCCAAAGACCGCAGACGACAUUGUGAUGAUGGACUGGGGAAUCUCAUUCACUCCGAACGAGACCUCCGACUUGACCGAGAGGCAGAAGAAGCUCAAGGUGAACCCAAAGAUCGUCCUGUCCAUCCGGGUGGGCAAGGGUAUCGCUGCCGUGACCAUGCCCGUGCUAUUAGAGGACAUCACUUUCACUGGUCUCAUGCGGAUCAAAUUGAAGCUGAUGACCAAUUUUCCGCACGUCCAAACAGUAGAUAUCUCGUUCCUGGAGAAACCGGUGAUCGAAUAUGCCUUGAAGCCUAUCGGAGGACAGCACGGAUUCGACAUCAACGACAUUCCUGGCUUGUCCGCGUUCAUUCGUGAUAUGGUGCAUGGGACUUUGGGGCCCAUGAUGUAUGACCCUAAUGUGUUCACCUUGAAUCUGGAGCAACUUCUCUCGGGCGCCCCCCUCGACGCCGCCAUCGGCGUGGUACAAGUCACCAUCCACUCCGGACGCAGUCUCAAAGGCAGCAAGAUUGGAGGUGGUACUCCCGACCCCUAUGUCAGUCUCAGCAUCAGCAACAGGGGAGAACUUGCUAGGACAAAGUAUAAGCACAGCACAUACAACCCGUCCUGGAACGAGACCAAAUUCUUACUUGUCAAUUCUCUGACCGAUACUCUGGUUCUCUCUGUGUUUGACUACAACGAGCACCGGAAGAAUACCGAGCUAGGCGCUGCCUCUUUCGAUCUCUCCAAGUUACAGGAGGAUGCGACCCUAGAGAAUCUGGAGGUCGAGGUUCUGAAGGAUGGCAAGGAGAGAGGAAUGUUGAGGUUCGACCUAUCGUUCUAUCCCGUGCUGAAGCCCGAAGUGGUCGACGGAAAAGAGGAGUUGCCUGAGACUACCGUUGGCAUUGUUCGACUCACUCUCCACCAGGCCAAGGAUCUGGAUCCGUCAAAGUCCAUGACCGGAGACCUGAACCCCUUUGCUAGAGUGUACCUCGGUGAUAAUCCUGCGCCCAUCCAUUCGACGACCAAAUUCCGCCACACCCUAUCACCUGUUUGGGAAUCCGCGACCGAAUUUCUCUGCUCCGAUAAGCAAACGUCCGUCGUGACGGUGAAGGUCAUUGACGACCGGGACUUCAUGAAGGACCCGGUUGUUGGAUACCUGCGCGUCAGGCUUGCGGACUUACUAGCAGCGAAGAAGGAAGUGGGCAAGGACUGGUGGGCUUUAGCUGGGUGUACAAGCGGGAGAUUGAGGAUGUCUGCAGAGUGGAAACCGUUGGAUAUGGCAGGAAGCUUGCACGGCGCCGAUCAGUAUAAGCCGCCGAUUGGCGUUGUCAGGCUCUGGCUUGAUAGGGCUACGGACGUCAAGAAUGUCGAAGCUGCGCUUGGUGGCAAGAGCGACCCAUAUGUCCGUGUCCAGAUCAACAACAUCACGCAAGGCCGGACGGAAGUUGUUAAUAACAACCUUAAUCCUGUCUGGGAUCAAAUCAUCUACAUACCUGUGCAUUCACUCAGAGAGACAAUGUUGCUCGAAUGCAUGGACUAUCAACAUCUUACAAAGGACCGCUCAUUAGGUUCGGUGGAGCUGCGUGUCUCAGAUUUGGCUCAGGAGUCCGAAGAUCCCGAAUAUCCUUACGCAAGCACUGGUAAGAAGGAAGUUCAGGACCCCAUCAAACUCGACAGAGGCAACAGCUACAAGGGCCGUCUUCACUACACUGCCGAAUUCAUACCGGCACUGGCCCUCAAAUGGAGAGGCUUCUCUACUGGAGGUAAUGAGCUGCAACAGGCAGCGCGGACCGGCGGUGGCGAUGAGGACGGUGGUAUCGUUCUGGACGAUGAUUCCUCGUCCAUGUCGAGCUCGGAUAUCGAGCGCCAAGCAGUGCCUCUCGAGAUCACCGCGACUAGUCCUGUUGGUUCCACCUUUUCGAAAGGCCACGCCAAAGGGGCAAAGUCCACGGACACAGCACGUACGGCCGUUAGCACGGGAACAACGGGAUCGAAUGGCUCCGCUGCUCCCUACGACGUCGGCGAUGCUGCUACCUCAUCACCAAAUGGGAACGGACAGGCUGCAAACAGGGACAGGAAGCCUCAGCAAGAGGAGAAGGGUAUUGAUAUGUCCAAGGAAGACUUAUUGCGGCAGCAGUCGGGCGUUGUUAUUAUGAAUGUCCUCAAUGGCCAACUGUCCAAGAAGGCCCGCCUUGAGGUCCUGCUCGAUGACGGCUACUGGCCUGCAUUCAGCACCAUCAAAGCCCGUAGCACGCAUGCCAAGUGGGAACAUGUUGGAGAGGGCUUCAUCAAGGAACUCGACUUCGGCCGGGUGUGGCUAAGAUUGAAUGAGGCUGACGAAGGCGACAAGGAUGAUGUCAUUGCUGAAUGGAAGACGGACGCCAAACCCUUCUUGGAACAGGCUCUAAACGGGCCAACGAAGUUCACUCUCUAUGACGAUGAUGGAAAGGCAACCUCUGUUGUUGAGCUUGAAGCGCGAUACAUUCCAGUACCGGUGAAGUUGGAGCCGCGCGAAAGCAUCAACAAUCAGGGUGUGCUUCAAGUGACGCUCAUCGACGGGAAGGAUAUACAUGGUGUUGACAGAGGAGGGAAAUCUGAUCCAUUCGCUGUCUUCACACUCAAUGGCCAACGUGUCUUCAAGUCCCAGACCAAGAAGAAGACACUCACUCCGGAAUGGAAUGAAUCCUUCACUGUGUCUGUGCCGUCUCGAGUUGGUGCCGACUUCGAGGUUGAGAUAUUCGAUUGGAAUCAGAUAGAGCAAGCUAAGAAGCUCGGCUCCGGCAAGAUCGAACUUGCGGAUAUUGAACCAUUUGAAGCCAUAGAGAAGAACAUACCGUUAUCCUCUCAGAAGCAUGGUGACAAGGGUCAAGUUCGCGUUCGACUCAUUUUCCAGCCGGAGAUCAUUGCUAAGACUCGCAAGGCUACUUCUACCUUCAGCACAGCGGGUCGUGCUAUGACCCAGAUCGGACAUAUGCCUGUUGGCGCAGGCAAGGGAGUCAUCCAUGGAGUGGGCUCAGUCUUCAGGAGCAAAGACCAUGCCAAACAGAACGAUGGUCUGGAAGGAAUUGAUAUGCCGAACGAGCCAGCUCCUGGGCAGGCUUCGAAACCUGUAGGAGCUGACCCAUCUGCAGAGAUGAGCGGUGCCGCCUUCCCGUCCAGUGCGUCUGUGAACAGUUUGGACGCCAACGGUGGUGUAGGAACUCUGAGGGUCACUGUCAUGGAUGCCAAAGAUCUGGCGUUACCUGGGGACACGCCCAAACCUUACGUCGUGGUCCGAGUAGGAGACAAGGAGUACAAGACAAAGCACGCGGGUAAAACUCUGACGCCGGAAUGGAAUGAGACACUAACUUUUAGCGCUGGGCCCAUGACCAAUAAGCUGUAUGCUUGGAUCCAUGAUCAUAAAACACUGGGCAAGGACAAACUAUUGGGAUCAGGUGAAAUUGACAUCUGGCGUCAUAUACAACCCACUGGAGUGACCUCCGCUGAAGUGCUCUCGGAUCUGAGGGAGGGCCAAGGCCUGUUGCGUCUGCGUCUGGAAUUCGAUGCUGACGCUACUCCGUCUGUGGGACGGAGGUCCAGCAUGUCAAGUAUGAACCAGCGAACCACAUCAUUCUCCUCUCCGUCAAGAUUCAGCAUAAGCCGUAAGCGUCAUCCAUCUGAUGACUGAGCGGGGUCCCGCCUUCAACGUCAGUCCUACCAAAGUACCUUUAUGGAGCGGACAUCAAUUUAUACAAGAUACCGUAGUUUCUCCCGCCUCUGCUGUAGGCUAUACCAUUAAUCUUUAAUAUUUCUACGUCUCAGCACGAUUUGUAUGAUCUCAUCCUUGUAUCACUACAAUAUAUUCUAUGACAUCACGUGUUCUUAC